AGAAGAGUAAAAUGGCGAGAUACAAUAUAGUGGUUGCUGUACUGGUUCUUGGGGUAGUUGGUGCCAGAGGCUCUUCAGAAGCAAUGAGACACAUCGCAACAGGUUUCAUUCGAGUCCUUGACGAGUGUAAACAAGAACUCGGUCUCACGGACCACAUCCUGACAGACAUGUAUCACUUCUGGAAGCUGGACUACUCUAUGAUGACUAGAGAGACAGGGUGCGCCAUAAUAUGCAUGAGCAAGAAGCUGGAUCUGAUCGACGGAGACGGGAAACUACAUCACGGGAACGCACAGGCCUACGCUCUGAAGCAUGGCGCUGCCACUGAGGUAGCUGCAAAACUGGUGGAAGUGAUCCACGGGUGUGAGAAGCUGCACGAAUCGAUAGACGACCAGUGCUCCAGAGUACUGGAGGUGGCCAAGUGUUUCAGGACUGGCGUGCACGAGCUCCACUGGGCACCGAAACUCGACGUCAUUGUAGGAGAAGUUAUGACGGAAAUAUAAAAUAAAUAAGCCUUUAA